CCUAACCAGCCGCAUCCUCGGGUACUACAGCCUCCAGAGAUGCCCCUGCAGGUUAGCGAUUACACUUGGCAGCAGACGAAGACUGCGGUGUUUAUCUCUGUGCCCCUCCGAGGCGUCUGCGGCAGAGACGCGGACGUGUUCUGCACGGAAAACUAUCUAAAGGUCAACUUUCCUCCAUUUUUAUUCGAAGUGUUUCUCUAUGCGCCCAUAGAUGAUGAGAACAGCAAAGCCAAGAUUGGGAAUGACACUGUUAUAUUCACCUUAUAUAAAAAAGAAGUGGCCAUGUGGGAAACCCUUUCGGUGUCAGGUGUUGACAAAGAGAUGAUGCAAAGAAUAAGGGAGAAAUCUAUUUUACAAGCACAAGAAAGAGCAAAAGAAGCUACAGAAGCAAAAGCUGCAGCAAGGCGAGAAGAUCAAAAAUAUGCACUAAAUGUUAUGAUGCAGAUUGAAGAAGAGAAGAGGAAAAAAAUUGAAGAUAUGAAAGAAAAUGAACGAAAAAAAGUAACUAAAGAAUUGGAAGCCUGGAAAGAAUGUCAAAGAAAAGCUGAAGAACAAAAAAGAAUUCACAGAGAAAAGAAAUGCUGUGAACAAGAAGAGCAAAUUGAAGAAGAGAGAAAGAAGUUAAACCAUAAAAGCCAUACUAGAAUUUCAGCAUCUAGACAUCUUGCCACUAAAGGAAGAGAUUCAGAAAAUAUAUUUUUGGAGAAGUUAAAGGAGAAUAGUAUUCCUGCUCCUCGCUCUCUUGGCAGUAUUAAAAUCAAUUUUACCCCUCGAGUAUUUCCAACUGCUCUCCGGGAAUCACAAGUAGCAGAAGAAGAGGAGUGGUUACACAAACAAGCAGAAGCACGGAGAGCAUUGAAUACUGAUAUUCCUGAACUUUCUGAUUUAAAAGAAGAAGAAAAGAACCCAGAAUGGCUGAAGGACAAAGGAAACAAAUUGUUUGCGACAGAAAACUAUUUGGCAGCUAUUAAUGCGUAUAACUUAGCCAUAAGACUAAAUAACAAGAUUCCACUAUUGUAUUUGAAUCGGGCUGCUUGCCACCUAAAACUAAAAAACUUACACAAGGCCAUCGAAGAUUCUUCUAAGGCACUAGAAUUAUUCACACCACCUGUUGCAGACAAUGCUAAUGGAAGAAUGAAGGCACAUCUACGACGUGGAACAGCAUUCUGUCAACUAGAAUUGUAUGUAGAAGGCCUACAGGAUUACGAAGCUGCACUUAAGAUUGACCCAUCCAAUGAAAUUGUACAAAAUGAUGCUGAGAAGAUUCGGAAUAUAAUUCAAGGAACAGAACUAAAAUCUUAAUGACUGGUGAAGCAACUAGGUAUUGUACUAAAUUUUGUUUGAAGUUUUUCAAAAAUAACUGGAGGCAUUAGGAAUCUUUGUAAAUAUUAUGGCUGAUUGUG